AUGGCCACCGUCGCUGAAACCAUCCCCGUCGUCGCCGCCCCGGAUACGCCCGUCGAGACCGUCGCCGCUGCCCCCGCCGCGACAGAGGAGACCACCCCGGCAGUCGCUCCUGCUGCCGAUGCCCCCGCCGGCCCCGUCGCUACUGCCGUCGAGGAACCCAAGGUCGAGUCCAAGAAGAGGACACCCUUGACUGAUCUCAAGAACAAGUUGUUCAAGGUAUGUUCCUCCGUCUUCCCACGUGUGCGUGGGCUGGGACCGUUUAGGCGCCAGGCUCUCGGAACAGUGGCCUUUUGUGUCCGUUGCCAGGCGUCUCUUCGCAUCACCGGCGUGGUCUUGGCUCGAUCUUCUUCGCCGAGCGUCGUGUCACCUUCACGGGUGUGGUAGCGAGUAACCUUGAAUGGUGCCCCCCUUGGUUGAUCAAGGGCGCACCGAUCGAUUCGAGUGGCCCUGCACGUAGUAGUACUCCACGCGACGGCUGCGAAGCUCGAAGACAAGGGGGUCUGUGCUCGACCGAGCCGGACGCUGCUGGAAGGGCCGCUUCCGAUCAACUCUUGGAGCCUUUCUUCUCAAGAUCAAGUCGAGUCAACCUUACGUUCCGGAAGGAGCGCAUAUCACCUCUCCAACAUGAGCUUCGGACCCGUUCGAUCAUAGCGCUUAAAGCUGACGAGAAUCUCACCCCCUCUCCUCGGCCCUCCACCGCAGCACAAGGAGUCGGCGAGUUCUGUUGUUGAGGAGCCUGUUAAGGCUGGCGAGGCGCCAGCACCGGCGGCUGUGACUGAAGCCGGUGAGCUGCCAAUGACGAAUCCAAACUUCACUUGCACACUUGAUGUCCUGACACAAUGGGAUUUUUGCCGGUUCACUAGCGAAGGAGAACGUCGCCGAAGCAGAGGUGCCCGCCGCGGCCGCCCCCGAGUCAAAGGAGGAGAAGACCGUCAAGGAAAAGCGCCCCAAGUCCCCCACAUUGGUCGAGAAGUGAGUCUCGUGUCAUUUCUCGUCUGGUCUCUACCGUUGUCACUAACCCGUUGUUCGCCUUCCCAGGGUCAUCGGAUUCUUUGACAAGAAGAUCGAAAAGAAGUCCGAGAAGGGUGAGCAGCAUCAGCUACCGUGACUGUGUUCUUGUAUUGACUGCUCGGCGCCCUUUGCUUACGUGAUCCUGUAGCGACGACGGAGGAGGCUGCCUCUCUGCCCCAAGUUGUGGAACCCCAAGCUGCCCCCGCAACCGAGGUGAGCUGACUCAACAAACACCGAGUUUAUUGCGGUAGACAUGAUCUGAUUGUCUUUGUUCGAUUGUCUUUGUUCUCGAAGGCACCGGGCGUCGCCGAGGAGGUCAAGGUGGCUGAUACAACCCCGAUCGCUGCCGAAACCCCUGUCGCCGAUACCUCCGCUUCUGCUGAGGCCCACGUGGAGGUGUGUCCGAUUGGGCUCACUAGACCUCAUCAAGGCAAGGUAACUGAAAUGUUUUGGCGAAUUCACAGAAAGAGGAGAAGCCCAAGAAGGACGCGCUCAAACUCUCCCGGCGCUUGUCAGCCCGAGUGGGCGCUCUCUUCCAAUCGCCCAAGAAGGAGAAGAAUUCACCUGCCGAGGGUGCCGCCGCCGUCGAGGGUGCACCGCAAGUCGAAACGGCAAUCGACGAGUCCAAGCUCGAUACGGUCGCACCUGUUAACCCCGGUCCUGCUGCCGUUGUUGAGGAGACUCCAGCUGUCGAGGCACCCAAGGAGCUCGAGCCCGUCCCGGAAGCGCCCAAGGUCGAGGAAGCUGCCGCCGAAGAGACCAAGGUCGUCGAGGUGAGUUGGCUGUUUCGCCCUCCCAUGUGUUAACUAUACUAGGUUGCUAAAUUCUUAUUGUGUACUUUUUAGGGUGCCGCACCCGCUGUAGUGGAGACACCGGCCGAAGCCGCAAAGGAGGCCGAGCCCGUCGUCGCCGCCGCCUGA